GCACGUUUUAGAAGUCACGUCAGUUUGGAAGAGGAGUUUGACCCACCUGAUGAUCCUUGGUUCAAUCCGCUCCACAUUACUUACCACAUUAAUCUACCUCUGACAUUAAAACCCAUCUGCGAGCGUGCGUUGUAUAUUCCUCAGCAAUCGCUUUUUGUAAGUUCUAGUGAAUAUUUUAACGGACUAUUAACGGGGUGCUACGGUCAUUAUCAAUCCUAAAUUGCACUAUCGACUUUCCCUUUUUUAUUUUUUAUUAUUAUUAUUUUUUUGCACUUGAGCUUUUUUUGUGAGGAUGCAUACCACCCAAAAGGACACCACUUAUACCAAGAUAUUUGUCGGUGGUCUUCCGUAUCAUACGACGGAUUCCAGUCUAAGGAAAUAUUUUGAAGUCUAUGGCGAAAUAGAAGAAGCUGUGGUGAUUACCGACAGACAGACUGGAAAGUCCAGGGGUUACGGAUUUGUGACUAUGGCAGACCGCUCUGCCGCAGACAGAGCCUGUAAGGACCCCAACCCCAUCAUCGAUGGCAGGAAAGCAAAUGUUAACCUGGCUUAUCUCGGAGCCAAGCCACGGGUAAUGCAGCCAGGUUUUACCUUCGGUGUCCCUCAGAUUCACCCUGCUUUCAUCCAAAGACCAUAUGGGAUCCCCACUCACUAUGUGUACCCGCAGACCUUCAUGCAGCCCAGUAUGGUCAUCCCUCACAUCCAGCCAGCGGCAGCCUCUGCCACAGCGACCUCACCUUACAUCGACUACACAGGUGCAGCCUACGCACAGUACGCCAGCGCCGCAACUGCUGCAGCUGCUGCAGCCUACGAGCAAUACCCGUACGCUGCCUCUCCCGCCGCAACUGGAUACGUAGCUACUCCUGGCUACGGCUACGCCAUGCAGCAGCCACUGGCCACCGCUGCACCAGGCUCUGCAGCCGCGGCCGCGGCCUUCGGUCAGUACCAGCCCCAGCAGCUCCAAGCUGAACGGAUGCAAUAGCAACCAAAGAGGCGGAUGGGAGAUGCACAGGGAGUCGACUCCCAGUGUCUGCUACUAGAUGAUGAAGAGGAUGGUGAUGAAAAUAGUUGCUGGUUGUGGGUUGAUUGCAAGAGGAGGAAGACGAGGAGCGUAUGGGACGGGGAUAGUAAUUGAUAGAGAGAUUAUUAGUGAGAUGGGAACUCCAUUGCUUUCCAACUUGCUGUGAUUAAAAACAAACAAAAAAAACAACAAAUUAAAACCAAAAAAAAAAAAAAAAAGAUAGCAGAAAUGGACAGAAUCUAGCUUUUUAUUAUUAUCAUUAUUAUGUUAUCUUUAUUUCUAUAAUUAAUAUUAGAGUAAGAUAUUUAUUACAAAAGGAGGUAUGCAGCAACUAAUCACUGUGGUAUAGGUGCGAUUGUAGACAAAACCUUUAGUCCCGAUGCUGUCAUUUAUUGUAGGCGACCAAUUUUUCCGAAGGACACUUGGAAAAGUCCCACAUCGUUUUGAUCCUAGGGCCCCUUACCUUUAUAUUUAUUCUCAUUUUUUGAGGGCUCUUUUUUUUGUUCUGUCUUCUUCUCAAGUGCAUUUGUUUUGAUCAUCAGGGAAAUGGAGCAUUUUUCAGCGAAUUAGAAAUGACAAACUCUGCCAAUCAGGGAUAGUAGACCUAACUGUGGCGAAAUGGAGAAAGUUCCAGUGUAAGCAUGUUUUAUGUGUUGUGAAUGACCUUUUUAUCUAUUUGAUGCUGAAUGUCCCCCUUUUCCCUGACUCCUCUAUUGAUCUCCUGACCUAUGCAAAGCAAACAGGCCGCCGGGGGACAAAACAAAGUGCAGGAACAGGAGAGAUUUUCUUUUGCUCCUCCACAAUGGGCAUCGAACAAUUUGAAGGCAGUCUCGAAAAGACAAAAAAAAAAAAACUGAAACGUAUUGUAUUAUAUGCUUACAAAACACUCAUGGAUUAACAGGUACAAUGUUACACACAAAUUUAAGUGUUAAUGUCUGUCUGUGGGCAAGGGAGGAUGCAUAUACAAACGCAUACACACAAAGAUUACUAUGUGGGGGAAAAAGCAUGGGGGAUCGCUCAGUACUAGUAUUAGAAUCAGGGAGCAAUUGCUGUAUUGGAAGGAACAGGUAUUGAUACAUAAACAGUCGGAUUGCUCUGGAAAGAUUACAGGUGCUCGUCUGUUGAGCUGUCACAGUUUCAUCACUUUCAUCCUGCUCUGGGUCUGUCAACUCUUCUUAUCCUCCCAAGAUUGAGGACAGACAUGUGCAUCCUCCCAGCAAUGGAUCUUUAUCUGGAACAACGGCGAGGAGCCACGAUAAGAGAGAGGUGUUCCCGCAAGCUUUUCACCCUGUACCAAUGAGCUGAUAUCUGCCUGGUCUUUAUAUGUUCACUAAGAAUUAUGUCUGAGCACCAGCACAAGUAAUAAGGUCUAUGUAUUUCAAUGAGCAACUCUUUACAGAGCAGCACUAUAGAGAAAGGAUCCGAAUCCUUGAGUACUAGGGUUCUUUGUGUGCCUUACAUUUGUAAUGCUAUUUAAAGCGAUCUGCUAUUUAAGAUAUUUAUUUUGAGUUGACUUAUGUUGCGCUCUAAGAUCAGAGACUUAGAAGCGGUACUGUAUGGAUAUAAUGUAUUCAUCUCAUGGCAUAUUAUUAUAAGUUAUUGAGUAGGCCUAGUUGUAGUAGUAUUAACAUACUCAACCAAAAAUGUUGGUGUAGGAUUUAUUUAAGAUACAAUUCUUUAUGUGCACUGUACAAUUCUUCUACUUUUUUUUUUUUUUUUAUAUAUAUACAUUUGGAACUUUAGAGCAUGACGUUAAAUAUCGGCUUAAUGCAUAUCAUAUGACAUUUAUUUUAUUGGAGGCCUGUUGUUUCGGGCAUGUUAUCUCCAUUUGUCAUAUCCAGAACUGUUUAAAAGACAAAAGAAAAAAAGACUUCGCGAAACAUAAGGGACAUGCUGCUUUAUACACUAGAAUGUAUUGUCAAUGUCGAGGAUGGAUGCUGUGCUUCUAUUGCUUUGAAUAUGCAUCAGAUGGGCUAUUUUACACUGUUGAGAAUUUUUAUACUUGAACUCUCUCUUUCUUACAAGGGAAAAUAUUAAAGAAGAAGAAGAACACACAAAAAGAAAGCAAAGACGUUUUUCAUUGUCACUGGAUUUGGCAUGUAAAGUGUUAUUGACUAUUUAAAUACGAACGUUCUGUAGGUAUUUAAGCCUUAUUUCAGAUUUUCAACACUAUUUACUCUAAAUGUAAAUAAAAGGUUCUAUAUUUAAACCUCAAA